GCGACUGUACUUCCAUCCGCGAGUGUCCAAGAUGCCUCAAUCUCAUGUGUUCGAGUUAGCGAAGAGAAUCCUCUGUCGAUGGGCAGGCAGUUGACGACCCUGGGGUCUCCACCGCGCGUCGUGUCUCCUAGGCGUCCGCCCCACUGGCUUCCCGUCCCUCGCAGCGAGCGAUGCCGUAUCUGCUAUACAGACUGCUGAAAGGGGGCACGGCCCGCGUCCCGGAGGCAAUGCCAGCGUUUGAGGAGGCCCGGCCAGAUGACUCCAACCUCAACAUUCCCCUCAAACAGCCCAAGUACUGCUAUCAGGCCUUGCAAGAUGCAGUACCAGCUCGGGUGGUGCUCUACCUGCUGUCGUUUUCUGGGUUCCUGGUGUCCUUCAUGAUGCGCACGGACAUCAACAUCGCGAUAGUUGCGAUGGUCAAGCUCCCCCCUCCACUGCCCAAGACCGACACAGCCGGGGAUGAUCCUCUCGUCUGCUACGAUCACAGCACCAUCACUAACAGCUCCGACGAGUCACCAGUCCACUCUCCGGAGGAAGGGGAGUUUGACUGGGACGCUACGGUCCAGGGAGCCAUCUUAGGAUCCUUCUACUGGUGCUACAUCUUAUCUCAGGUGGUGGGAGGAAUGCUGACUCAGAAGUUUGGCACCAAAGCAGUGUUUGGUUACUCGCAGCUCGCCACGGCAGCGUGUUCUCUGCUGAUCCCGACGGCUGCUGAUAUCCACUACGGAGUCAUCAUCUUGCUGAGGUCCAUCCAAGGAGUUGCUUCGGGCCUGACCUGGCCAGCCAUGUACGCUAUCGUCGGCCAGUGGAUUCCGGCCAUUGAGCGAAGUCGUUUUAUGUCUUCAUUUCAAGGAUUCAGUUUUGGGAUUGGGCUGACGUAUCCACUAGCAGGGUUCAUCAUCGCCCACUCUGGCUGGAGGCUGGUGUUCUACACUACGGGGACGAUCGGCGCACUCUGGUGUAUAUUCUGGUACUUGUUUGCAUUUGACUCACCUCACAAGCACCCACGUAUCACCAAGCAGGAACUUGAGUACAUUCAAUCCAACAUCGGCAACUCUGUGCAAGGAGGACAGUCAAUGAAGGUUCCAUGGACGUCCAUCAUGACUUCUCUACCUGCUUGGGCUAUCGGAAUUACAACUUUCGGCCGUAUCUGGGUCCAUUACACCUUCAUCAUCCCAGGCCCCAUGUACAUGAAGACAGUACUUGGCUUCAGUAUACAGAAGAAUGGAGUUCUCAGUGGCCUGCCUUUCCUGCUCAGUUAUCUGUCGUCCGUCGUGUUUUGCUAUGUGGCCGACUUCCUUGUAACUCGUAACCUCAUUAGCCUUACCAACGUGCGCAAGAUAUUUACUGCUAUGUCUCAGGUUAUACCCGGUCUGAUGCUGCUGGCUAUCGGCUAUCUUGGAUGCAACAUUACUCUAGUUCUCGUCAUCUGGUUCAUCGCUGUCUCUCUCAUCACAGCCUCGUACGCUGGAGCAAUGGCUAGCGUGGUCGACAUAGGACCGAAUCUAGCUGGACCUAUUCUUGCUUUUGCACAGACAAUUCACAUGACUGCUAGUUUUCUCUCCCCGAUUGUUGCUGGUUUCAUCCUUAAACAUAAUAGUCAAGACUCAAACUAUGUACAAGGUGUUUCCAGUUUGACAAGUUUGGAGCAGUGGAGGAAGGUGUUCUGGGUGGCGAGCUGUGUCGCUUGCGGAACGUACGUUUUCUUCCAAAUCUUCGGCACCUCCAAAGUCCAGCCGUGGAACUACCCUGAUGGCAGGAUUCCCGAAGAGGAUCUUGAACCCCUGAGUAAGAGGAAGGCCACUCGACGAGACAGUGCUGACUUUGCUACUGACGGAUGAUCCACGGAGAGUGUCACAGAGUCUUCGGACAGUCUGACAGUGUCGGUGGUCAUGUGACUGGGAGAACCUCAAUGUGACGAAGAAAAGUAGAGCCUCCGGUGUAGUCAGCGAAAUCACAUUAACAUGUUUAUUUAUUAUGAUUACCUUUUGGAAAUGUACUUUGUGUUUAGAAACAAUAAUUUUAAAAUGUCUAAAUCUAUGACAUGAAGUUAAACUUCUAAUGAAAGAUAUUUGAAGAGCAUUCAAAUAAUUAUUUGCAAAAAUAUUUGUUUUUAAAGUUUGAGUUUAGUUUACAAAAAUUUAACCAUUUUAUUAUAUCAAUUUGAGGUCAAUAAGAUGUAUUGUGACUGUUUUACCAUCAGUAGCGCUUUAAACAUGUUGAGAGAACAAUCCAAACCUCUCGGUCUUGUUGUGUUUAGCAUAAAUAGUUAAUGCUUACAGUAAGAAAUCGUAAGCUUUUUUUGUAAUAAAAAUAGUGUAUCAGUUAUGGUGGUCCUUGGAAAAAAUUAGAUAUACAUGUUUAAAAUUUCCAUUUUUAGUUUGAUACACAAUAUCCCAAGUAUUUGAUUUGUAUGAUUUGUAUCUUAUUUGAUAGCAAGUACUUAUACACGGAGGUAAUCAAAAUUUCUUGCUUCUGUGAAGCAAUUUAUUAUUUCAAACUGUGAUUAUUUAAGUUUUUGACUCUUUAGGAAAUAAAUCAUCUUGAGGCUCUGCUUAAUUCCAGCUCUAUGCAUACUAGAAGAUAAUAUUCUUAUUUAACUAUUAUUUGAAUAAGUAUUAAGCAGAAUAGUUUAAUUGACUACUGUAUUUAUUUCAUUAUUUAUUUUAUAGUGCCAUAUUUUGUAUCAUUGAGUUUUAAAGUUGUUUCGCUUGGAUGUAUAAUAACGCUAAAAUGUGCCUGUAGAGUAAUAAUUAAUGUUGUGGAUAUUUUAAAGUUAACUUAAUUACGAUUAUUGUUAUAAUUUAUGUAAACGUAAACUAUACCUCCAUAGAAUAACUUGAUUUCAAACUGCUUAUUGUAAAGUUAUACCUAAAAAUGCUGAAAACAACUUUUGCUGAUCUUAGAAAAUGUAUUAUUAGUUUUGUUUUGGAAACCAGUCAAGAUCAAAGUAAAAUUUGAAUCUGUUCUUUUAAACAGUUAACUGUUUAGGAUUUUUACAUAGCUGUUGUAUAUAUACUAAUGAUGAAAUGACAAUAAUGAAAAUCUUGUUUUAGAAAAUGUUUAGUCAGGCUCCUAACAGGUCAAGAGAAAAAUCACCUCUUAUUUGAAUUCCUUGAAUGAUUAGGAGUUAAUGUAGAGUAAUUAAAAACAAAUGCAAAUUCCCAAAAAUAAGUUUGAGAAUAAGCAAUUGUAAAUCAAAUUAGACAAAAUCUGUAAUUUUGUAUAAUUUUAUCAAUGCGCUAGUUUUUUAAUUUCAAAACAUCAUCUAAGGAAGGGAUAAAAUUGUGGUAUUUGGUUCAAGUUAGCAUUUCUCGGUACUUUUUACGCUAGUGUUUUAUAAACUUCAACUUUAGGAAAAGUAUUGAUUUGGGUGGAUUAUAAAAAUAUAGUUUUAUAGCUGUGCCUGCCAUAUCUAUAUAGUGUGUUGACGUGGGAUAUUAAACUAUAAUAAUACACUUAACUGAUUGUACAGUAGCUAACCAACAGUAUAUUAGGGAGUAGCCUUUAUAAAUGAGUAUAAAUGAAAAUCAAAGUAGCGAUAGAACUUUCAAUUUGUGAUACUUUAUAAAAAUCCUAUGAGGUUAAUAUAUGGUAGUUAGACAAGUAUGUUUGUUGUAAUGUUAGUAUAAUGCUAUAACUCAUUGCUAGGCACUAUUUUUGUAAGUUUGUUCUCUCUUAUUACUGUUUGUUAGCCUGUGACUUAAAAUUAGCUUUUAGAAAGCUUAAAAUGUCAAUUAUCUGGUUCAGUAUCAGUUUGAUAAUAUCUUAUAAUUUAAAAAUAGUUGCAUUUAUCAUCCAGAAAUUUGAAAAAAAUAUUGGUCAGUAAAUUAUGUCACAAUUUAUGUUUUACUGAGAUAGAAAAUCAAUUUAAUCGAAAAAGGUAAAAAAAGCUGUAACAUACAACUUCAAAGAUAUUAAUAUUGAAAACUAACUAAAGAGUUGAAUAGCCGAGUAAAAUAAAAAAAAAAAUGUUAGUAAAACACAAAGUUAUAAAUAUAGUUGUUAGAUUAUGUACUUACACAUUGGCCUAGUACUUAAUUAGAGCACUAAUAUUGGCUUUGACAUUUUGAGCUUUUUUAUUGCCUCAUUCCCUUAGUUUUAAUACUUUUAUCUACAUUUGGAAAAGGGAUAGGUAGAAUCUAGUGAUUGAAGUAUUAACUAAAAUAUAACCAUGUACAGCAUCCAAAUAACUUUUUAACGAUCCUUUUCAAGUUAUUCAAUACAAAUUUACAUAAUCAAAAUACUAUGUGCUUACUUUAAUAGGUUUUUUUUUUGGUUUUACGCCUGUUUGAAAUAACAGAAAUCACAACAGGAAAUGGGUGUCAGGAAAUCCUUUGUUAUGGUCCUAAAACUUCAGUCAAAAUAGGUUUUAUAUGAUUCAAAAUGCAGAAUACGCUAUGCUUUUUAAUGAAGUAUCUACUUAUAAUCUUUUCAUGUCAAAACUAAGUUUUUAAAAGAAGGGUCUAACAUUUUUAAGUUUUUUUACAUAUUUUAAAUUUUUUUAACUGCAUUAAUACUUGGGAAGAAAACUUAAAAGAUUAUGUAAAAAAAGACAAUUUUCUGUAAGAAUAAUAAGGUAUACAAGUUGGGUUUCAACUACUUUCUUUAUAACUCUUUUCAGUGUUUUACUAAAAGAACACAAAAAAAGGCUUAAGAUAAACUUUACUAAUUUUUUACUACAGUAUUUGAAAAAUCAAAAUGUCAUUUUAUGUUGUCUUUGACUUUCAGACAUGGUUCAUAUUAAUUCAUGUACAGUUCAGUACAAACUAUAUUAAAAAAAUAAAUAAUUUUAAUUUUUUUUUUAAUUUUAAAAGCAGCGCCAGUGCAGGGAAUCCUAAAAUUACCUAUUUUGACUGAACUCCCAACUUGUCAACGGAGUUUAUGUGACACAUUAAUGAUAAAUUGUUUUUUUUUUAGUCCAUUCGCAACAGGUUUUAGUUGAAAGAAUCCAAUUGUAUUUAUUACUUUUAGGUAAGUUCCUUGUAGGCACAAAAUGUUGAAUCAAUUAAAUUAUAUUUUUAUAUAAAA